CUAGCGUUACUCAUUCCGCUGGAAAAAUGAAUGCAUAAACAAAAGCUACGACACCGCUUUUCUAGCAGUAACAAUCCUACUACGUCAUCGUUUGAGUUCAUUGGAUGACUUGGAACCAUCUUCCUCUUCUCCACCAAGGUAAACCAAUACUUUCUCGGUUCAUCUCUGUACAGUACAGUUAGCUGAGCCUCACUCAAUUCUUCAACUCAAUUCGAAACUCCAGAUCGAUAGAACGACUCCACAUGGGUUGCGUCCAAUCGAAGAUCGAGAACGCAGAAGCCGUCACGCGAUGCAAAGAGCGGAAGAACUUCAUGAAAGAAGCUGUCUCCUAUCGCAACGCCUUCGCCACUGCUCACUCUUCCUACGCCAUGUCCGUCAAGAACAUCGGAGCCGCCCUCAGUGACUACGCCAACGGCGAGGUCCAAAACCCGCAACUCGCCUUUCAGGGCAACGCAUCUUACUCGUCAUCAUCGGCUGCCGCCGCCUCCGCCGUCGUGCAAGCGCCCUUUGAUCCAAUCAAACCGCCGCCUCCUCCUCCCCCAUCGGGCUACCCUCCCCCGCUGCAACGGGCUGCCAGUAUGCCGGAGUUCGUCAACUCGUCGAAAACCAGGGAACCUAUCGGCGUGGGACCCACUAUUAUCGAGGAGAACGAUGCUGAUGAAGAGGAUGAAAUUGAGAAUCAAGAGAAAUUGAUUUUGAGAAAGAGGAGUAGCAGUAGAAAUAAGAAUGUGAAUCAUCAGAAUGUGGUGAAUUCCACGUCGCCGGAAAGACACGCCUCACAAGUUCAAAACAGUGGGGUGAUGUCGGCGCCGCACCAUCAGCAUCAGCAAGUGUAUGAUUACUUUUUCAAUCCGGAUACCCAACCGGGGUCAACUUUGGAGGAGGUGAAGCUUGACAAGGUGUUUGAUGAAAGGCCAAAAAGAGAGGAGUAUGUGAAGGAGAAGGUGGCAACGGUGGUACCACCUGUGGAGGAGCAGAAGGUGACCGUGGUGGCGCCACCUGUGGAAGAGGAGAAGAAGGUGGUGGGACCUACAGGUGAAGGAGGGAGUGUCGGGAGAAAUUUGAAGAGAGGGAAGGCAACCGGGGGAGGAGGAGGGGAGAAGAGGGUAGUUAAAGGGAGUGUAAAUUUAUUACAGAUAUUUAAAGACUUGGAUGAUCAUUUCUUGAAGACGUCGGAGAGUGCUCAUGAUGUUUCGAAGAUGAUGGAGGCCACCCGGCUGCAUUAUCAUUCCAAUUUUGCUGAUAAUCGGGGGCACAUUGAUCACUCAGCAAAGUUGAUGCGUGUUAUUUCAUGGAAUCGGUCAUUUAGAGGAAUGCCUAAUGUUGACAAUGUGAAGGAUGACUUUGACUCAGAAGAGCAUGAAACUCAUGCCUCUGUGUUGGAUAAAUUACUAGCUUGGGAAAAAAAGCUUUAUCAUGAAGUGAAGGCUGGUGAACUAAUGAAAUUUGAGUACCAAAGGAAGGUUGCUUUGCUAAGCAAGCCAAAGAGACGUGAUGCCAACUCUGAAUCGUUGGAGAAAAUAAAAGCAACUGUGAGUCAUCUGCAUACUAGAUAUAUUGUCGAUAUGCAAUCUAUGGAUUCAACAGUUCUAGAAAUAAAUCGUCUAAGAGAUGAACAGCUGUAUCCAAAACUUGUUCAGCUUGUUGAUGGGAUGGCAACGAUGUGGGGGACCAUGCAUGUUCACCAUGAUCAGCAGUUCAAGAUUGUGUUUCACCUAAAAUUUUUGGACAUAAGUCAAUCCCCUAAGGAAACAACAGAGCACCAUCAUGAGCGGACGAUGCAGCUGUGGGCUGUUGUGCAAGAGUGGCAUGCACGGUUUUGUAAGCUUAUGGAUCAUCAGAAAGAAUACAUAAAGGCUCUAAAUUGUUGGUUAAAACUAAAUCUCAUUCCCAUAGAGAGCAGCUUGAAAGAAAAGGUCUCUUCUCCUCCGAGGGUUGCAACUCCCCCCAUUCAGAGGCUCCUGAUUGCUUGGCAUGAUUUUCUAGAGACACUUCCAGAUGAAGGAGCAAGAAGUGCUAUAAGUAACUUUGGUGCCAUAAUUAAUUCCAUUAUGGACCAUCAAGAAGACGAAAUGAAAUUGAAGGAAAAAUGUGAGGAAUCAAAGAAGGAGCUUUUGCGUAAGACUCGGCAAUUUGAAGACUGGCAUCAAAAGUAUAUGCAGCGAAGAUCACCUGAUGAUGUGAAUCAGGAAGAUAGCAUGCACAAGGAUGCUGUUCAAGAAAGAAAGUUUCAAGUGGAUAUGGUGAAGAAGCGUUUGGAAGAGGAAGAGGAAGCCUACCAGAGACAAUGCGUUCAGGUGAGAGUGAAGUCUUUAAAAAGUCUUAAAACUCACUUGCCGGAGCUCUUUAGAGCAAUGUCCGAUAUAUCUCUUGCUUGUUCAAAAGCGUACAGUGAAUUGAGAUCCAUAUCACAAACACCAGAGGCUAAGUGAAAUCUCAUCAUGAGAAUAGAUUUUUUAGGUUUGUAUAAUUCGCUUGUAUGUGUCCAUUGAAGCUUUAUAUGCUUUCUAUACAGAACAACCCAGAAACUAUGUAUAUUUUUGUAUAUUUAUCGUCAUUAAAUUGAUGUGGCUUUCAAUGAAUGAAAUGUUAAAUUCA